AUGCUAGAUCGACGUUCGGAAAUUUCCCACCAGUUAUCUGUUUUUACCAUUUCUCAGCAGAGAGUGUUAACACAUGCGCUGUUAAAUGGGACACAACAGAAACUUCCUAAAGUUCGAAACUUGCACUCAGAAGUUUUAUCUGAUAACUCUUUCGAUACAAUGAACAUUAAAUCAAGAUAUCAAUUUGCCAAAAACUCAUCCAAAUACUUCAACAUUUUCCUAAUUAAUUUUUUGUUAAAACGUUCUCACCCUGUGAGUAAACAAUCAGAUUUGGGUCUAGCGGAAUGUAACAAGGGAAAGAAAUUGAGAUUUAUUACAGAUGUGGCUCUUGCUUCUCUGUCUACGCAAGAUAAAAAGCGAAAUUCUAGAAAUGUGCAAAACGACUUGGAGUUUAUCGCUUUAGGAUCUUAA